AUGCACUACAGGGACACCACGGGUGCACGGCAUGCCCCAAGCUGCCUCCGUUACCCCUCAGCGUACCGCUUCCCACGGGCAUGUGAUGCUGCAGUGGGACAGGAUGGAACCACCCCCACACCGGCACCCCUGGCUUCCUGCAUACCGGGGCCGGACGUGCGGCAUGCAGCAGCACGGGGCCACAUCCCGACACCGAGCAGCACCCGACGCAAUGGGCAGGAGGUGAGGAUGGAGGUGCUGUGCCUGCUGCUGGCUGCUCUCUGCGCUGCUGCCGUGCCCAAACCAGCUCCAGUCGAGGCAACGGGAGUUCCCACCGCUGCGCCGAGCAACACUUCGGCAGAGCCAGGUCCCUGGGGCACAGCCAUGCUGCGCCUGGCUGGUGGCAGCCACCCCUGUGAGGGCACAGUGCAGGUGCAGCACAGUGGCCACUGGAUGCCUGUGUGUCGGGAGUCCUGGAGUGCUGCUGCCUCUCGGGAGCUGUGCCACCACCUGCACUGCGGGGAUGCUGAGGGUGAUGCGGUGAUGGCAAGCCUGGACAGUGACAGAGAUUUCUCCAAGGGAUGCUCAACUGCGGUGGCCAACUGCAGUGGGUGGGAGCCACAGCUCUGCCAGCUGCAGCUGGCCACUGAGCCCAGCUGCUGUGCAGCAGGGCCGGCAAACGUCACCUGCACAGGUGCCCCGGUGCUGCGUCUGGCUGGUGGGCACAGCCGCUGCGAGGGCCGGGUGGAGCUGCGGCAGGCGGGCAGCUGGGGCACGGUGUGUGACGACGGCUGGGACCUGGCUGACGCCGCCGUGGUGUGCCGGCAGCUGGGCUGCGGCUGGGCGCUGCGUGCGCCGCGAGAGGCCGCCUUCGGCCGGGGGCACGGCCCCGUGCUGCUGGACGAGGUGAACUGCAGCGGGCACGAGGAGCAGCUGAGGGAAUGCCCUGCUGCCCUGCAGCACGACUGCAGCCACAAAGAGGACGCCAGCGUGGUGUGCUCGGAGCACCACGAGUGGCGGCUGUCCGGAGGUAAGGACGGCUGCGCGGGUCGCGUGGAGGUGCGUUACCGUGGGACAUGGAGCACUGUGUGCGACAGCACCUGGUACAUGCUGGAGGCUGCAGUUCUGUGCCACACGCUGGGCUGCGGGGAGCCACUGCUGCGUCCUUCCUUCCACCACACACUGCCCACCAAGAUGCUUUAUGAGUGCCCGGACUGGCAGCCCUCACUGGCGUACUGCCGCUGGACCUACAACAAGUCAGCUCCCUGCCACGAGUCCCGUGCUGCCGGUGUCGUCUGCAACGGCUCCCUGGGCUUGCAGACCCCAACGUUGGAGGUGACCGUGAUGCCAAGUGGUGGUACAUCCCCAAGCACCACAAAGGGCUUGGGUGCAGCUGGGGGCCUGUCCCUUCUGCACAUGCCUCUCUUCAUCUCAUGUGUGGUGCUGGCAGUGCUGCUCCUGCUCACACUGGUGGUCUUCUCCACUGCCUUGCUGUACUUGAGGAAGAGGAGCGCUCUCACUCUGGGGACUCCAGUGCCACUCCUGGUGACCCACAGCAGCCAGGGUCACGACAUGCCCUUGGAGACUUGCAACAACUACAGGGAGGCACCCGCAGACCUCCCCAAGGGGCCAGACUACACACCAGCAACCCUUCCCACCACCAAGGGCUCCGACUCCUCUGACUCUGACUAUGAACGCUACGAUUUCAGCAGCAAGCCACCCGUGGCCCUCUCCACCUUCCACAACUCACAGCGCCGACCGCCGGGUGAGCAGCUGCUGAUGCCCACCCAGGACGGGAUGGAGCCAUUUCCCACAGAGGUGCCAACCGUGCAGUGUGCCCACCCAUGGGGCAGGGUGGGGAGCUCAUCCUCAUCCUCUUCCUCCUCUUCCUCCUCCCCGGAGCCCUACUGUGGUGAGAGCGCAGCCUCCACAGGUGCCUGGCACUGCCCGCAGCCCCCAUCACGCAGCACCCACCCGCACACAGCACCCACCACACCCCCAGACGUGCCCUGUGUGCCCAUCCCAGUGCUCAACAUGCCGUGGGUACCCCCACCCCCAACAGACCCCAACUAUGCUGACAGCUCCAGCACCUCCUCAGGGGAGUGGUAUGAGAACGUGCAGGGUGCCGAGACAUGUGGGGACCCACCCCUAGAGAAACACACACAGGACCCCAGCUUCUCUGAGGGGAGUGACUACGAUGACAUCCAGGGCUCUGGCUGCUGAGAGUGGGAACAGGCAGCGGGGAGGGGACUCUUAUCCAUAACACAGCCGUGGGCCAUUAAAAGCUUUUAGCCCCAUCUGCCUGGCGAGCCCUCAUCUCUUUCUGGGUGUACCCAAGGGAUGCCAUUCCCGACACCCUGCCCCAUCCCAAGGGUACUCGGGCUGCCAUGCUCAGACUAGCAUGGAACCCAGCGGGGUCCUGGGGAAGCUGAGCUAUCAUCGCCUCCGGGCUCUGAGCCACAGUGGAAAAUUUGCCCCCUGUCACAUCCUCCAGCUGUUUACUGAGCUGAGCGGCUCUGGCAGCCCAGAACAAAGGGGCCGCACCGCAACAACAGAGGAAGCACUGAAAUAGCAACAAAACCCCAGACAAAGGGGAGAGAGAGGAGACGAGAGCAGGGCUGCGAGCGGAGACUGUGUGGGGCCAAGCUACGCUGCGCACGAUGCUAUCCGCCCAGAUUUAGGGUGCACCAAGUACCACGUCCCCACUACUUGGUGGUGAACUGAGCACCGCUCUGCGUUUCGGUGAGAAAUGGGGUGAGCGCGUUGGGUCCCACCAACGGACCGCUGCAGCCAGCAGGAUCAGCGCUGCCCACCCUGAGCAUCUCUUAGAGACCUCUACUUGAGUCACGGAAAAUCUUCAGCCCUGAGAAAGUGUUGAGGCAGGAAACUCCCUGGGAGUGGAGAUGUGGGGCCAGAGUGAGGCUGUGGGGUGGGGGGCCUCUGCAGGUAGAGGGCUGUGGUGUUGCUGUGUGGAGAGCUUGGUGGCCCUGUGGAGCCGCCAUUCAUCAGCACUGCCACCAAGUCGAUGGCGAGCGGUUUCCUUUGCAUGCCUGACCUGGAUUUGGGGAAAUUAAUUAGGGUGCAAUCAAUCAGUGCCUCCCCAGCACCCAUGUGCCUCAC